UUUCUAGCAGCUGACUGGGCUGAGAAUUGUGGGGGUUUGUGGGAGUAGUGUGUUAGCUGAUUGCGCGUAAUGUUAAAGUUUUGUAUUACUUUUGAACCAAUAUUUUGUAGAUUGUAAAGUGAUAUUGUAGUAUAUGUUUGGCACAUUUCGAAUGAAAUUUUGAUAUGAAAAGCGGAUCUCCGUGGAAGGAGAAAAAUGAGAAUAUGUCAUCUGUGUGCAUUCCAUCAGAAGAGAGAGAGAUGAAAUCUGUUCUUCAGCAUCUGUCACAUCGAAAAAAUCAGGGUCAAGCAGAAAGAAACUUGGGCACUCGAAUACCAGAAGUGAGUUGUCGUAAUAGGGAAUUGUUAAAUAGUUUUCAAAUACUAAGGACGAAAGCAAUAGUAAUGGGUCACCCUAGCCAUUAUUUUCAGAAAGCUUUAAACACUUUCACCCAGAAAAGAAGCCAAAGUCUGCCCAGUUGCUUGGAAAGUAAGAAACUUUCUUGUACUCGCAAGGAUGACAACAGUAAAGAAACUCUGGAUUCAAAUCAGCCAGAAGAGAACAAAGAUGUGGAUGUGAUUACAUUGAAAGUGAACAGUUUAGUAUCGAAUGAAACCUGGUUUAGAACCUGGCCAGAAAGAGGCAGUGAUAAACUUGGUACUCCGCACACUGAUAUAAGUGGUUGUGGUGCUGAAUGUGGGCAGUUUAACAAGGAGGAGGACACUGUAGGGUUUAAGGAAGAAUGCUCAGGGAAAGAUUUUCAGAAUUUCCGAGAUAAUACUCCAGCCAGUAUUAGUGAUAAUGUCAGCAGAAGUGUGUCCAGUAUUCACCAGUCCUAUAGGCUUUCACCAGAUAAAGCAUAUGCUUCGAAAAUAAAUCAGAAUAUACCGCAACAGUCAUCAGUGUGGAAAAGUGAUCUGUCAUCAAAAUGUGAUCCUGAAGAUUGCAGUGUGAGUGUACAACACAGUUCUUCAGCAAAACCAGCAUAUACUGUAGAUUCCAGUCCUGCCAAGACACCAAUUCCUUUGAGAGAACUUCUGCAGAACAUUCCGAUAGCGUAUAGCCCAGUGACGAGACAGUUGCAUAUAAUUAGUGCAUCUGAAUCAGAGAACUGUGGGAACGUGAAGACAGAGGUGCCUCAGAAUGGUCUGAAGCAGCAACUUGAGUGCAUAGAAGAGGAAGGUGGUGGUGAUAUGUGUAAGACUGUCGUGAAGUGUGGGGAAGAUGAGUGCCUAAGCUUUGAAUCUCCUUGCAGUACAUUGCAGCGGUUUGGUACUGGUUCGCUCUCAUGUACAGAUGCCAGUUCCUUCUCGAGUGUUGUGUCAAGUCUGAGUGAUACUUCACCAUCUCUGACUAAUGAUGAUCCAGAUGACUCUGCAUUGACGGUGCAUGGCAGUAGCCCCUCUGAAUCUGGUAAUUGUCACUUUGAGGACGUGCUUGGUGUAAAGUCCAAGAGGAAAGGAUUAUCAGGCUUUUUUAGUAGGAAUGUAUUUGUGUGGAAGUCAUCCCGAGAUUCUCAGAACAACAAUGGCACUCCUAAUGAGAACAGUUGUACGAUGUCCCCUGGUUGGACGCUGUUCAGGAGACUAGGAUCAAAACCAUCAGAACAAGAUGUUACUGUUAAUGUGGAGACAAGCGGACCACCAGAGUCUCCAGUAAGUAUUCGCUCAACAGGCAGCGGCAGUAAGCGUUACGAGGAUAUUGUGGCCAGCAGCUCCGCCCUCAUACUUCACAACCGCCCUUCAAACUUGCCAGCCAAAUCACAAGAUGAAGAGCAGAAGCACCGCCAGGAGUACCGGCAAAUGGUAGAAGCUGCACGCAAGAAAGAACUCAAAGAGGCAAAGCUACGCAAGAAGCAGUUGCAGAGACAGUUGAAGCUGGAAGAGCAACUUGCUAAUGCUGCGCGUAUCUGGAACAAUGAGAUUCUGCCUAAAUGGGAUAUGAUGAAAACAUCCCGCAAGGCACGUGAUUUAUGGUGGCAAGGCAUCCCUCCGUCUGUACGAGGCAAGGUCUGGAAGCUGGCCAUCGGAAAUGAUCUGAAUGUAACACACCAGCUGUAUAGCAUCUGCCUUGCUCGUGCCCAGGAAAGGCUGAGAGCAGCUGAUUGUUUGGAGGUUGGAGACUCAACAAGGACAACUCGUAGUGGAGACAGUGUGGACAAGGAGGCUAGCAUGGAACUCAUUCAGCUGGACAUAGCUAGAACGUUCCCACACCUGUGCAUAUUCCAACGUGGUGGGCCGUACUAUGACAUGCUGCACUGUCUUCUGGGUGCAUAUGUCUGUUACCGUCCUGAUGUGGGGUAUGUCCAAGGCAUGUCCUUCAUUGCUGCAGUUCUCAUCUUGAAUCUUGAGGCAGCAGAUGCUUUUGUUUGCUUCGCCAAUCUGCUCAACAGGCCAUGCCAUGUAGCGUUCUUCUGUCUCAACCAAACUGUCAUGAAUGCGUACUAUGCUGCAUACAACGAUUUCUUCCGUGAGAAUCUCCCUCGACUGUACACCCACUUCACAGAAUCUUCCCUCAGUGCUGACCUCUACCUCCUGGACUGGCUGUAUACAGUUUUUGCCAAGGCCAUGCCACUGGAUGUGGCUUGUCGUGUCUGGGAUGUAUUUCUUAGAGAUGGAGAGGAGUUCCUCUUCAAAGCUGCUUUGGGGGUCCUGCACCUUCACCAGGAGGCAUUACUCAAGCUGGACUUCAUUCAUGGGGCACAAUUCCUUACAAAACUUCCGGAUGACCUUGCAGCCGACUUGCUCUUUAGAUCUAUUGAAGCUAUCCACAUGAAUGUGGGGAAACAGAGGUUUGAUGAAGUUCUGGCAAAUCACAUUGACAGAUGCCAACAUGAGCCGAGUUGAGACAUGUUACAACAGCGUUUGUUAUGUAAGACAUGGGCUCUUUGCUUGAAAUGUUUCUGUAGCUUUUAAGGUCUUGAAUGUGAAAUGAAGUACAAAACUGGCACCAGUUGAAUGAAUCUCUGUAUCAAAUUAUCAUCUGAAUGACUGUAUAGCCAAUAUGUGGUGUCCAUAUGGGAAAUGUUUUAUAUAUAUACUCAUAAAUAAUUUUGUUUAAAUCCAUGUUGACAGUAUAUCAAAGAGUUCCAUCCUCUGGUAAAUGCUCAACACUAAAACGCUGUACAGAAAUCUAUGUAUGAUGCCAAGAAAGUUUUGAUGCUUUAUUGUUGUAAUUUUUAUAUAUGGAAUUUCCGUCCAGUAUAUAUUUGGUUGACAAUUUCUGAAUGUACAGUUUGUGCUAAUUAUAUUAUUUUGAUCGAAUUUAUGGCCAUAAUUAUACAUCUAUACUGUAAUAAAGCUGAGGAAUGUUUGA